AAACACAAUCGGGUGUACAAAACUAUGAAACAAUAUUGAGCAAAAUAUGUGAGUAACAUCGCAAAUAAGUUUAUUGAUUUGAGCUCUUAAUGCAGAAAAAAUCUUUUAAAAGUGUUUUCAAGGAUUCAAUUUUUUAAAUUUUUAUGCAAUUCGUAAUAACUGGUUGAAAAACCUUUAUAAAAACACAUUAGUUUGAAUAGAGGGUUUUUCCUAGAUAAUAUAUUUGGAAAUAUGAAUGAUUCUCAUAUUUGGAAAAUUGUUUUAAAGCUAUCGAUAUUAUGUCAUUUCGGUGCUCUUUUUGACAAACUUUUUAGCUUGUCCAUUUAUCUGUGAUAACAAGUCUAAUUAAAACACUCCUCGAAUAAUUUGAAAAGCAUUGAGUUGAUCCUAUUCCGGAGAUAUUUCUACCAAACAUUUUUUUAAGUUUAAGAACUUCAAACUUUUGCACGAUAGAUACACGAUACUGAGGGGUGAUUCUAAACUUUUGUAUAAUGACUUGGAUGACAGUUUUUGUUAUAAUUUUAAAUAAUUUUCGGAUCUUUACGCCAAAGCUUUAGAUUUGUUCACCAACGCUGCUGUUGGAAAGCCAAUUCAAGAACACAAUGACCAACCUAUGCAUGUACCAGGAUGUUACCGCUGUACAUAAAUUUCUUUCGUACAUUUUUCCUGUGUGCUUUUUUACGCAUCAGCGUGUGGUGUGCUAUUGUGAAUAAGACGCUUGAUUAAUUAAUCAAUUGAAACGAAGAGUAAUGUGCCGUCUACAUUUGUUGAGCGAACAAUUUAGCUUCUGGUGUGGUACGCGAGUGACUUGCAAUGCAUAUGAAUUUGAAAUAUUCGCACCGUGGGGUGGUUCUCUAAUGUGCGAUACUGAAUAUUAUAAGAGAUAAAUAUUUAAUUUCUUACUAAGUUUUAUGAUGUGGAGUAAAUACCUCAACCCCAUUGACGGACUUUUGAAACUGUUGACUUUAAAGAGCUUGUCACAUUCGCAAUCUUCGUCGAUGCCAUUUUACCUAACUGUACUAUACUUAACAGGGUCUGGUCAUAAAACGAUAUGUAUUAAUCGCAUUAAUAACGAACACAAUCAAUAGCUGGUUUGUGAAGUGGAAGUGCCGCGGUGCAUCUUAAUUGGGCAGUUACAAAUAAUUGUAUAAUUAGUUGCGAUAAGUGAAUCAAGUUUAUGGAAAGGGUUGCGUUGGAAACUUGUCGUAGUGUAUUGUCGUAAUUCUGAAUGGGACAGAGUGACUGACCACGGGGAGUGCUGUGAGCGAGCUUAUAUAGAGUGUUAAGCUUCGAAGUAAAUGAGUGUUUCCGUUAGGCAGCAGCUUGAUUACAGCGGACAAUGUGUUGGCGUUAUCGACUGUUGGCGCUUUGUGGUUUAGCGGCAGUAUCGCUUGCGUGGAGUUCCGGAUCGACAGAAUAUAAGGAUGACGAUUUAACGCAGCCGACGUAUGUUAACAUGACAGAUAUCUUCACAUGCUGUUCGGAUGUGCACGGAUCAUGUAAAGCGGCGUGUGAGAGCUUUUCGCUGGUCAAGCUCGCAGACAGUACUAACAAGGAUUGGAAGUUGCACGACAUUCGACGGUCAUGUCAACCACCCGAGUCUGCAUUCUGGACCUGUAUGAACAAUACGCUAGCGUCCAUCCAGCGAGGCAUUGCAUGGCCUGGCCGAACGUGUUGUUCAUUGGGAAUGUCCCUAAAGUGCCAGAAUGCAUGUGCAAUGGCUUCUAAAAAGGAGGAGCUUCUGGCGGGCUGCCGGCAUAGUGACGAACAACGUUUAUUCAACUGCGUUCAACGACAAGAGGACGGAGAUGGCUGUUGCGGUCAGGCAAGGACAUCGGAGUGCUUAAUGGCUUGCAAAGAUGUCUUCCGGUCCAAUCAAACUCCCAACAAACAACAGCGAGAAUUGGUGCAAAAUACAUGCAGCAACAAUAACACGGAUGUUCUGGAAUGUAUAAAAGGAUACGUCGAGGUCACUAUUAAUGGAAAUUUGAAAAAUUACCUUCCAUGCUGUGAUCAAACAAUUGAAAGUCAGUGCAAAAAGGCAUGUCGAGACACUUUGUUAGAUGGAAGUUAUACUGAAGAAGAAGCUAUCGAUAUCCUACAGAGUUCAGGUUGUGGGGUUCCUUUACCUCAUGAUCCCUUGUGGAAAUGUUUCUUCUCGUUUGGCAAAAAUAAAGUAGUGCCGGUCAAUUCCAACGAAAUAUCUCGCAUCAAUCAAGUGGGAAUGGACUCGGCUAAAAUGCAUUGUUGCCUGAAAGCCAACUCAACCAGGUGUCGUAAAUUUUGCAUUGCUACGUACUCAAACGAGUGGACAACGAAUUUGGCGGAGUUUGAGAACACUUGCUUGAUCUCAUCGGAUGAAUUCAGUUUAAAACAAUGCAUUGAUGAAGUGGACGAACCAUGUGAGUUGGGUUGUGACGGUCUCUCGUACUGUAGUAAUUUCAAUAAUCGUCCAACUGAGCUUUUUCGCAGCUGUAGAACUCAAUCAGACAAUGCUGCCCUAAGCGAUGUAGAACAGUGGAAGGAACAACAUUUUGUAAAAUUGCCUGGUAUCAACCUUCCGAUACGGAACAUCAGCGAGUGUUCAAUAGAAACGUGGAAAUCUAUUGCGUGUUUGCUGCAGAUUAAACCUUGUACUCGAAGUUACCAUACCAAUCGGAUAUGUAGGGAAGAUUGCUAUGAAGUGUUGGGACGUUGUGUUGACUGGAAUAGGAUGACGGUGAAACACUCGAUUGCUUCUCUCUGUGAGAUGUUUUCUCCAAACGAUGACUAUAAAAUCGAAUGCAUUUCACUGAAAAGAUACCUGGGGCCCAGUGACACUCUUUUGAAGAACACAGAUGUGGUAUUAGUUUCGCCAUGUAGAGGAAAUCCAUGCAAUUCAAGUCAAGUGUGUAUUGUUAAUCGGGAUGGAACCUUCGGAUACAAGUGUGUUAACGGGUGUCCCCUUGGAGAAGCGUCAUCUUAUAUGGUACCAGAAGGAACAUUUGUUAGAAUUCCGGUAUCUUCUACUAUAAAGGGAUGUCUCAAAGUAUGUCGAUGCGGAGCUGGAGGCAGGAUAGAAAAAUGUCAACCACUACCAUGUAUAAGCUACGAUUCAUGUAGUUUGGCGGGAAAACGUUUCGACCAUUUAUCCUUCUUCUAUGUAGAGUGUAAUAUAUGUAGCUGUUUUGCUGGUGAAAUCACAUGCACCAAAAAACAAUGUCGUAUGUCUGGAACUACCAACAAAUCCUUCACGACAUUGCCGUGCAAUUGUCCGCUGCAAUAUGUUCCAGUUUGCGCUCGCAAUGGAAAUACGUAUCCUUCGGCGUGUAUAGCUAAGUGUGCUGGAAUCCAAGAUGGGGAUAUUCAGUUUGGGCCUUGUAGAGCUAGAGAUCCUUGUGAUGGAAUAGAAUGCAGCCCAUUGUCAGUAUGUAUUCCGGACAGAAACGUUUGUUUAUCGACAAUGCACAAGCCGUGUCCCCAGCAUCAGUGUGUUAGCCUAGCGUCUAUCAACUGUUCGGUAAUUACAUCCAUCCGGGACACAAACCUGAACUUCUAUCCCACCGUAUGCGAUCUUGUUAAGUCCGGUGGGUUAUUUGCAUAUCGGGAAAAGUACUUCAAACACUGCGAAACAUCCCGAAAGCGUACGCAAGUCUGCGGUGUCAACGGAAUCACAUACCGAAGUGAGUGUGAAGCAUGGGCUGAUUUCUCAAUGGUCGACUACAAUGGGCCAUGCCAAGAGGUUGGUGUGAUAAGUGAUACAAUGGAAUCCAAAUGUGCCUCAAUCAAAUGUCCUAAACGAAAGUCACACGAAUGCAGCCUGGUGAUACCUCCAGGUGCUUGCUGUCCUGUUUGUGGAACAGCUUUGCGAAUAGUUUAUUCUAGGAAGCAAGUUGACCGAGCUUUAUAUGCCUUGAAAGGCGUGCAUACGGAAAUCCUUACCCUGAAAUCUAUCCUUGGCUCUCUUGAACGAUUACUGCAGACUGUAGAGUGUAGAAUUAGUGGACAACUGACAUUUGAAAAUGACAUCUAUGUAAUAAUUGAAAAUGUGAACAAGCAUCCAAAUUAUUUGCAAGUUGAAAUUUGUACUCGCGAAGCAGAAAAAAUAGUUACCCUGAUAAGAACACAAAGCCAUAUGAUAACUAGCGAGCUCAAUCUAAGUGCAUUGAUAGUUGCAAAUAUAGUCAAAACCAAUGUAGACAGCGGCGCUCAUAGAAUAUGUAUGCAUUUAGGGUUAAUAAUAACUUUUGUGCAAUCCUUAGUUGUAUUUCGAUUAGUUUAUAGAUGAUCUAUGAAAAGAAACCAUGACAUUUUUAGUGCCAAGUCCAAAUUAAUAGACUCUUACGCAAUAAAAGCUGUGAUAUUUGUGAAUUUAAUUCAGUGUACCAAAGUAUGGUUAGAUCCUUGUAAAUAUGGUUACAAUAAAUCUCUAGUCUUGGGUUUUGUUACACAAACUUG